UAUCGAGACCGUCCUGUCGAUAACACCUCGACUCCAUCAGCCAAGGUCCAUCGAAUUCUUCCUCUACCACGAACACGUCAAAUACACCUCGAACUACCUGUUGCUAGCAAUCGUCGAAUCUUAUCGAAUCGUACAACACUCAAAGGGCCUUUACUUAGUUGCAAGUGAAAAAUGAACGUUACGAAGAUAAAUCAUCGUUCUUGAAUCACCUGAUCCACUUUCUAAUUGACGUGGAUAAUCGAUUCGAGCGAUAUCGUGCACGGUAACGGACAAUGAAUCUCGAAAGUGUUCCUCGGUGAUCGACAGUGAACGUUUUGCAAUUCUGUGGACUGGCAAGUGUUUAGACGGGGUUCGGACUUUGUGGAUUCGCUGAUAUAGGACUGAAACUUUGACAAGAGCUAAGAGAGUGUGCUUCCAUCAUGUGUUGGACGAAGAUGAUAUCAUGAGGUUCUCGUGCUUCCCGAGGGCUAAUAUCCUGGGUCAGAGGGGUAGUAUCAAUCUUACCCCUCUGCCCGGGAAUGACGAGGUGAAUCAUGUGAACGGUGUUAACGUGAAUGUAAGUACAAAAGUCCCGGUGGUGACCAGUUACAAACGAUCUGGGGAAUUGGAUACCACUCAUGGCGUGAUACAAGCCGUACCCGGUACCGCAGUACCAAACGGAACGGGUCCACCCCUAACUUCCAAUGGAAAAGGCAGAGCGCCACUGCCACCUGGAAAGAGCAGCAACCAUCUUCCCACGCACCACGAAAAUGAAGAUGCCCGAAAUUCAGACGGUUCUGAUCAGGUCUCGAACAACCCCAGGGGUGGAAUCAUUGGAAGGACCCCGACUCCACCCUCUGCACCCACCCCCGUCUACGAAAAGGACUCCAAGAGUAGACGACAGAUCAAGAGGGCCAUUUUGGAGAACGAGUUUCUCGGCAACCUCGAGGAAAAUCAGGUAGAGGCACUGGUUUCCGCAAUGUACUCUAAAACGAUACCACCUAAUACUCUAGUUAUUCGAGAAGGCGAUAUAGGGUCGCAUCUGUACGUGUCUGCGGAGGGAGAGUUUGAUAUUUACCAGGGUAACAAGUUCCAGAGAACUUUCGGACCGGGUGUUGCUUUUGGAGAGAUCGCCUUGUUGUACAACACCAAAAGACUUCGAUCGAUUAAUGUGAAAAAGGGUGGAAAAGUAUGGGUGUUGGACAGAUCGGUGUUCCUCACGGUGAUGAUGAGGACAGCGCAAGAGCGACUAGAAGGCAACGUCCGGUUCCUCCGGCAGGUUUCCGUUCUCCAAAAGCUACCAGAACCGAAGGACCACCUCCUAGCUAAAAUCUCCGACCUGAUACGUGUGGAAUUCUUCCCUGCUGGAGCUAAAAUAGUGCGCCAGGGAGAGAAGGGCGAGAAGUUCUACAUAAUCAGCGGCGGAAACGUGAGGAUCACCAAAGACACUGAAUACGGAGACGAAGAGGAACUCGUGGUCCUUGGAAAGGGACAGUAUUUUGGAGAAAUAGCUUUGUAUGACGAUUCCGGUGAAAACCGACGUCACGCUAAUGUCGUUGCCCUGGCACCUGGAGUCGAGUGCUUAACCUUGGACCGACAGUCCUUCUUAAACUACCUGGGUGGUCUUGACGAAAUACGUAAUAAAGAUUGGGUGGCGGAAUACGAGAAGCAGAAGUUGUCACUGACUCCUAAGAAGUGGACCAACGAAUACUCGAAUGUUACCUUGGCUGAUUUGGAGACUAGAGGUACUCUGGGAGUCGGUGGAUUUGGACGGGUCGAAUUGGUUACCUUGAAGUCUGACUGUGAGAAGAGCUUCGCGUUGAAGAUGCUGAAGAAGAAGGUCAUGGUCGAGCAGCAACAACAGGAGCAUGUGCUGAAUGAGAAGCAUAUCAUGCAGGCCUGUGACUCGCCGUUCAUUUGCAAACUCUAUCAGACUUUCAAAGACAGCAAGUACGUCUACUUCCUAAUGGAAGUCUGUCUGGGUGGGGACGUGUGGACGACCCUUCAAAGACGACGGUAUUUCGAUGAUACGACGGCGCAAUUUAUGGUGGGAUGCGUGGUGGAAGCUCUCGAUCAUCUUCAUUCAUUAAACAUCGUCUACCGAGACUUGAAGCCUGAAAAUCUUAUGCUUGAUUCUCGGGGAUAUCUGAAACUGGUGGACUUCGGUUUCAGUAAAAAGAUAGGACCAUCAAAAACCUGGACCUUCGCAGGCACACCAGAGUACGUGGCUCCAGAGAUCAUUUUGAACAAAGGACACGACCGGGCGGUGGACUACUGGGCUCUCGGAAUAUUGACUCACGAGCUGCUGGUCGGUAAACCACCCUUCCGAGGCCCCGAUCACAUGAGCACCUACAAUAAAAUCUUGAAGGGAGUCGAAGUGGUAGGGAUACCGAGUAUCGUUAGCAAAAACGCGAACAAUCUCAUUAAGAAACUGCUUCGUCUGAGUCCCUCGGAACGACUGGGGUAUCAACGGAAUGGUAUUCAGGAUAUUAGGGACCACAAGUGGUUCAAUGGAUUCAAUUGGCAGGCUCUACAGAGACUUAGAAUGCCAGCACCUAUCGUACCAACGGUACGAAGUCCAAUCGACACAAGAAAUUUCGAAAGAUAUCCUCCAGAUCGCAAUGUACCACCUGACGAAUUCUCUGGAUGGGAUGACAAUUUUUAACAUCAAGAAAUACAUCAGGAUAAGCAACAUCUACGUGGUUUAUCCAUUAAACGAUAAGAGAUGACUCAUGAAGUUGCGGGGAACUCUUUCAAUAAUGCAAUAAGAAUCCGUCGAUAAACGACGGAUUGCACUUAUCACUAACCGAUUCGGACUUGAUCGAUGAACAGUUUUCCUAUUUAUAGUUACUGCAUACGUGACAAUAGUACGACGUUAAUGGAGCUUUUUCUGACGAUUAGGCUGUAAUUAGAUAGAUCCAGCGUUUUGGACUAGUAGGAACAAAAAGAUACUCUAUGAUCAAAAAUGCUUAUUAUCAUGAAUGUGAUUGUUAACAAUGUUACGAGUUAUUAAUAAAUUUAUACUUGAGU